CGCACCGCAGUGUUUCCGACGCUAGAGAGGUGUUAGCUCCUGAUGCUAACUCCUUCAGUGUUUACAGUGCCGAUGCUAAUUCCGAUUCAUAUGUGUGUGUGUUGUGACUUAAAGCGGCUGUUAAAGGGGUCGUUUCUGAUGGUAAAGAGUCUGUAUUCCGACACCAGGUGAAGAGAGAGCAGGAGGAGCUGCAUGGAGGACAACUGACCGGAGGAUCAGACAUUAGCACCAGGAUGCCAGCCGGAGUGUGUGGCUGCUGUGGGCCGCUGAGGCCGAGGUACAAACGCCUGGUGGACAACAUCUUCCCUGAGGACCCCAAAGAUGGCCUCAGUAAAUCGGACAUGGAGAAGCUCACCUUCUACGCCGUCUCUGCUCCGGAGAAGCUGGACCGGAUCGGAGCGUACCUGGCCGAGAGACUGAGCCGAGACGUGGUGCGCCACCGCUACGGGAACGUGGUGAUCGCCAUGGAGGCUCUGGACCAGCUGCUGAUGGCCUGCCACUCACAGAGCAUCAAACCCUUCGUGGAGAGCUUCCUGCACAUGGUGGCCAAGUUGCUGGAGUCCAGAGAGCCAGACCUGCAGGUGCUGGGGACCAACUCGUUUGUGAAGUUCGCCAACAUCGAGGAGGACACGCCGUCGUACCACCGUCGCUACGACUUCUUCGUGUCCCAGUUCAGCGCCAUGUGCCACUCCACUCACGAUGAUGCCGAGACCAGAACCAGGAUCCGUGUGGCGGGGAUCAAGGGUCUGCAGGGCGUGGUGAGGAAGACGGUGAACGACGAGCUGCAGGCCAUCAUCUGGGAGCCUCAGCACAUGGACAAGCUGAUCCCCUCCAUGCUGUUCAACAUGCAGGACAGCGAAGACCUGGACAGGGCGGGGCACCCCAGCACCCCCUCGGUGGGUCAGGAGGGCGAGGAGAACCCGGCGGCCCUGGCGGAGAGCUGCUUCAGAGAGCUGCUGGGCCGGGCAGCGUACGGAAACAUGAACAACGCCGUCCGACCCGUCUUAGUCCACCUGGAUAACCACCACCUGUGGGACCCCAAUGAGUUCGCUGUGUCCUGCUUCAGAAUCAUCAUGUACUCCAUCCAGGCUCAGCACUCGCACCACGUCAUCCAGCAGGUUCUGAACCACCUGGACACCAACAACAAGAACACUCCGCGGGUCCGGGCCGGCAUCGUGCAGGUUCUGCUGGAGACCGUGGCCAUCGCCGCCAAGGGCUCAGUGGGCCCCACAGUGCUGGAGGUGUUCAACACUCUGCUCAAACACCUGAGGAUGAGCGUGGACUUUGAGACGGGCGAGGGCUUGAGGAGGAACUCCAGCACCAGCGUCUCCUCGGGGCGCAGCAAAGAGAGCGAGGAGAGGAUCGUGCAGAACGCCAUCAUCCAGACCAUCGGCUUCUUCGGGGGAAACCUGCCCGACUACCAGCGAGCUGAAGUCAUGAUGUUCAUCAUGGGCAAAGUGCCGGUGUACGGGACCCCCUGCCACACCCUGGACACCGUCAAGAUCGGGCAUCAGGGAACCAAGAGGAUCCAGACCAUGCUGCUCAGCUCCCUCAUCAUGGUGACCUCCUCCUUCAAGUCGAAGUCGAUGGCGGCGGCGCUGCCCGCCCCCUUCCUGGACCCGCUCUUCUCCAUCUCCCUGAUGGAGGACGUGGAGCUGCGUCAGCUGGUUCUGGAGAUCCUGCACAACAUCAUCGAUCGCCACGACAACCGCGCCAAGCUGCGCGGCAUCAGAAUCAUUCCUAAUGUUGCAGCGCUGAAGAUCAAGAGGGAGAAGAUCUCAAAGCAAGACGUUGCGUUCAUGAAGAAGCACGGGCAGCAGCUGUACCGCCACAUCUACCUGGGCUGUAAGGAGGAAGACAACGGCCACAAAAACUUCGAGCUGCUCUUCACCACACUCGCCGUCCUCACCAUCGAGCUCGCCAACGAGGAGGUGGUGAUCGACCUGAUCCGCCUCUCCAUCGCUCUGCAGGACAUGGCUCUGAGUAACGAGGAGAACCUGCCCAUGUUGAUCCGCUGCGCCAUCAUGGGGCUGGUGGCGGCGUACCUGAACUUCCUGAGCCAGAUGAUCGCGAACCCCCCCUUCUGCCAGCAUGUCAGCAAGGUGAUUGAGCUGAGGACCAUGGACGCUCCGUUCCUCCUGCCAGAGCACGUCUUCAAAGACAAGUGUCCACUCCCGGAGUCUCUGGAUAAGGAGGACAGACUGCUCUACUUCCAGACCACCGACAUGACCGAGUGUUUAGCCGGGCCGGGGUACAACGCAGAGAGGCUCUCCAUCCCCUACGUCCCCCAGGUCACAGAUAAAGACCGGAUGACGAGGAGGAAGAGCUUCGUUGACACCAUCUCUCAGGUGGACAUCAUGCCCAACAGCCUCCCAGACAAGCAGUCCCAGCUGGCCGAGGAGAUCACGUUUGAGACGCUGAAGAAAGCCAUCGACACGACGGGGGUGGAGGAGCAGGAGCGGGAGAAGAGGCGUCAGGUGAUGGAGAAGUUCCAGAAAGCUCCGUUUGAGGAGAUCGCUGCUCACUGCGAGUCCAAGGCGAACAUGUUGCACGACAGGCUGGCUCAGAUCUUCGAACUAACAAUCAGGCCCCCCCCCAGCCCCUCAGGCGUGGUCUCCAUCUCCUCCGGACACACUCAGCAUCAGUCCGUCCCCGUCUACGAGAUGAAGUUCCCCGACCUGUGUGUGUACUGAUCACACACACACACACACACACACGCACACACACACACACACACACACACACACACACACACACACACACACACACACACACACACAGUGAUAUCAGCAAACUGCUAAGGAGGAACUACACACUCUGUGCUGUGGUCUCCUCUGAUCAGACCAGCACCGUGUCGCAACAAGAUGCAGAAAAACACACAUAACAAUAAUCUGCAAAACUCAGAUUAUAAUCUCCAGUUAGUUUGAGCCUUUUAAUGGAGAAAGGUACUGAAAAAUCCCCCAAAUGUACUACCUUUAUUCAAAUUACUCUGCAAAAAUGUGAUUUUAUAUCAAAUUUAAAGGAACUAUCGCUCUGAUUUUCUGCAUUCUGUUGCCUCACACGUCUCUGAAGCUAAACUACGAAGAGUCACAAAGAACAACUAAAACACACAUCUUCCACUCUGAGGUUCUGGUGUGUGGAUGCCAGUAUCAGAGGCUGUAGGUCAGAUAUCUCUCAGAUGAAACCACUUCAGCGCUCAAAGCGUGCGUCUAGCGCUAGCUGCGAUGCUAACUCUUCAGAGCGUCUCAUCUGUUCUCAUGUCUCGCUUAUAAAUGUCAAAUAUAUCUGAACUGAGAUAACUUGUGGUAGGUUAGAUUUAGGUUUGAUCUUAAGCUCUUAACUAACUAAAGCACCAGGAACAGGCUUCAAGAAGCAGCUAGGUUUCCCGAGAGGAAGCUGAACCGAAAGCAAUACUAGCGUCGAGGUGAGACUCUGAGGAGAAAGAGGGUUCAAUUUCUAAAACUGUCCGAACGGACAAACGGCUCGCUCAUGGUGGGAGAUUUCCCUCUCCUGGUGUGUAUUCUAGAGGAGUGUGUGUGCAUGUCAACGGUCUGCAGAGGCUGAAAUCCCAAAGCUCUGGAACAUAGGGACAACUUUUGUGCUUCUAUUGGCCGGCGCCCCAACACAUUGUACAGUAUGUGAUAGGCUGAGGGGUGGGACAGCUCUGAGCGGUUGUCCAAUCACAACAGAGCCAACCAAUCAGAGUGAAAAAGGUGCAGAAAAAUCCAAAAUCUCAUUCAUUUUUUGGAUUCUAAAUCAACCUAAGGCAGAUCUUGUGGGAAGGAAUAGUUAAAUCUGGUUCCUGUUGCACGUUUUGUACAGAAUGAGAUGGAGAAAUGAGAUGGAAAGUGACUAAAAGAGACGAGGAAGAGGCUGUUUGUGUUCGUACGUUUCAGAUGGUUCAGUAAGUUAGAGGAUAUCGGAGAGCUUCGUCUGAAAUCACCAACAUGAGCUGAAGCUUUUAAUCCCUAACAGGAAAUAGAUCUUCUUCAGGAUCAGUUCAGACAGCAGAGCAAAGAGUGUGUUUCCACCUGGUGUUAAAGCAUCUGUAUCUGUACGUCUUCUCCAUCUGUGGGACUUUUACUCCAUGUUUGUGAUGCAAACGACGGAGGUAUUGUUCUGCAUCAUGCAUUAUCCUAAAUGUCGAUCAUGCAUGAUGGGACAGGGGGCAUCCUGCAAGCUGAUUGGCUCAUUAAGCUGGGUGUAAAAGAAGCAGCAGCAUGAAUCCCUCCGUCACAUGUGCAGCGGGCUUUGUCCGACACAGAAAACUGCGUUAAUGUAAAUCCCACUUCUUCAGAGUCAAAAUCCAGUAACAGUUGUGUGCACAUCCAUCUAACAUCCAAUUUGGUCCAUUUAGAAGUCAGAAAAGGAGUAGUUGUCCUUCUCCUGUUUUUGGAGCUUUCGUUAAAAUAAAAGCUGGUGUUUUUCAAAAUAAAAGCACGACAGUAGGCCUUUAAAAAGUUGGAUUUCAAAGUGAAUCUCAAAUGAAAUAUGGUCCACAUGACCCUUAUCUUAAGCUCUUUUGCAGCAUAAAUUAAACAGCACUUUGCAUGUUCACCCUUGCAGCCUGGAGAUCAUGUUUCAGCCCUUAUACGUUGAGUUUAACACUUAAUCUCGUGUCAAAUUAGAUCCUUUCGGGUUAAAACAGUAGUGUUUGCAACUCUUCUGUAUGGGGGCUGUAGUUGCAAUAAAGAGCAGGAUUAUCCACCAUAAAGAAGGAGGACAGUCGGCCUCUGAAAGGUUAUUUUGCACCUAAUUUAUAAUAAAAUCAGUCUGCUUGCAAGCAAAAAAGUAGUCCCUCUUUGGCCCACUGAUAUGAAAACCAAUGAGGCUUCCAGAUACAGAUGUGUGAUUAAUACCAGGUGUAAAGGAGUCUAUGUUCUGCAGACUAGAUAUAUGUUGGAGUGGAUUUAAAGCGCAGAGUGUGUCCUCUGACGGCAGAAAGGGCAGAAGUUUGAAUAAAUAAGUUUUAUAUGUCCCUGUGUAUAAAGCCCGUCCUCCACCGAUGCAUCAAAGUGAUUCUAUCUUUUAGAAAUCCACGCUGCUUAACGUCAAACUCUCAUAGCGCUACGUUUGAACCAUGUGAACGAGCUGCACGAUGCUAACGCCACGCUACGCUACGACUAAAAUCAGACUCCCUCCGAGGUGACAACCCAGGAGCCAGCGCAGUGCACACGUCACUGAUUCCACCCCGGAGGAGAGUCUGAUCUGCUGGAGGUCAUGAUGAUUUCUUUACGAACGUGUCAUUAGAGCAGUAUAUCAUAUAUAUUUUUGUACAUUUUAUGCAUCACGUGUGGCUGAACUGUUGCCGGGUAGAGAUUUAGAGAGCGGGAGGAUCUCCUGCAGAUCACACUCAUCUGUCUUUAUUUGAAAUGACAUUUUUGUUGUUGUUUAUUGAAGAUGGGUUUCAAUGGGAGCGUGCAAUGAUCCCAUUCACCUUAAUUCUCUUGUGUUAUCCAUCUUAUCAUUUCAAUAUGCUGACGUAUUAAUAAAUAUUAUAUCUAUGGUCAGUUAUUUUUGCAAGAAGUGGAUUAAAUCACUGCUUAUUUUAGCAUUUAAAUUGUGUUGUUUUGCACAGAAGUUGCAGCUCCAGAUCUCAAAGUAUGAAAUAUUAAAGCUUUAAACUCACUUCCAGUUAUUGUGCAAAGACAGUUUGACAUGUUCCACUAUUUAGUCGUAGCUCGUAUUUAUUCAGAUCUUCUUUAAAUUAAUUCAGAUGAGAUUUAUUUGACCGCCGUUUAUGUCCUUUAACUUGGAGUCCGGGGCUCACUAAACCCCGUUAAGAAAUGAUAGCAUGUCAGUGUUGGUGUCUUUUCUGUUGAGGACAACCUCACCUUUAUACCCUGACAGUUAUUUGUUUCACUUUGACUUACAAUAUGAACAUUCUGGACCCGAAAUCACACCAAAAAAUGUGAAAACAGAUCAUAUUAUUUGUACUAUAGGUAAGAUGGAAAUAUAUAAUGUCACUUUGAUAGUGGUGAAGUUAGAUUGAGGUAGCAUGAACCUGUGGAGGCGUUUUCUCCUCAUUCCUGCACAAAUGUGGAACAAAUCCGCCUCAAAUGGUCAGUGUUUUAAUCAGGAUACAACUCAAUUCUGACCUCAAAAACAAUCCCGUUCCUGCUGUUCAAUCAGAGAGAUAUUUAGGGUUAAUUGCACGAUAAGUAUUUGAGUUUUCAUGCUCUUUAUUGAAUGUUGUGCUCCAUUAAAUCAGCUGUAAUCUGAAUCUCUAGUUGAGUAAAUAACAACACACCAACAACAGCUGAGUGAGUCUGAUCUGAGCUGCAACUUUUUAAUGAAUAAAAAAGGUAUAAUAAAUAGUUUGGAUGCAAUCAGUCUACUUUUGAUAAACGUGUAAUAGUUAGAUCGUUUAGUGUAGGAUGUGUCGAUGAAUUGAGCGUCAUAAUGAAAUAUGGUGUUUGCACUUUGAUCACUGUGUCCUGGUUCUAUAGCAACAAGAAAAUUGCACAGAUUCAUGUCGGUUCGGUUUGAUCAUUCGAGGUAUUUUCUCCCCCAUCGCUCGGUCUGUGGUACGUUGUGUUCAUGAAUAAAGAAUGAAAAAUGAAA